AUGUCAACAGUAGAGCGAACUGAAACACUAAAAAUAUACAAAAUUGAAGAAAAGCUUUUUGAGCUAAAGAAAUCAGUAAAAGAUUUGUUUUUAAAUGUAAUUAAUAAAAUAGAAGCCUUAGAAACAGAAAUAAAUAAUCUCGAAAAGGAAAUGAAAGUUUACGAAGAACAAAGCUCGCCAUUAGAUUCUGGUAAUACAAUAAAAGAUAACGAAAUAGUAGAUCUUUUAUUGACAUCUGGUUCUAGAAAUAAAUCUGAGCAAACUGAUUCUUCACCAACUAGGUUAAAUCUAAAUACCGUUUCAACAGAAGAAUUCUCUGUGGAGGAUUCUGUAAUAUAUGAUUUAUCUAUAAAAUCGACACAAUCGCCUAGGAGUUCUAUUGUACCUGGUGAAUAUGCGUAUACAGGACAUCUUACUGGCAAAAUUUACAAUAUUAAAAAAAUGUAUGAGAGAUUUAAAAGGAUAUUUCAAGAAAGUUCAUUUACACCAUCAGCUGCUAUUAAAACAUCUUAUAGUUCUAAAACAAGGCCUCCUAAGGAAGAAUGGAUUGAUAUGUUAAAUUAUAUGGUAGAUAGAAAUAUGUUAAUAAAGGCGGAUAGCGAUAAAUUAAAAUAUAAAAUACACAAUGUAAUGUAA